CUCCAACUGCUAUAAGAGUCCUCACUCCUCUCUUCUCCCCUCAAAACAUCUCUGCAUUGCCUUUCAGUUGCUUCCCAUCGCAGCACUUAUGGCUACUGCCGUCUCAACCGUUGGGGCUGUCAAUAGAGCACUGCUGAGCUUGAAUGGCGCCUCUGGUGCUGGAGCUUCAGUUCCAAGCUCAGCCUUCCUGGGCAGCAGCUUGAAGAAAGUGAACUCUAGAUUCACCCACUCCAAGGUUUCAUCAGGAAGUUUCAAGGUUGUUGCAGAAGUGGACGACGACAUGCAGACCGAAAAAGACAAGUGGAAAGGCCUUGCUUUCGAUACUUCUGAUGACCAGCAAGACAUCGUCAGAGGUAAGGGUAUGGUUGAUUCGCUCUUCCAAGCUCCCAUGGACGCAGGAACCCACUAUGCUGUCAUGAGCUCUUACGAGUAUAUCAGUACUGGACUUCGCCAGUACAACUUGGACAACAACAUGGAUGGUUUCUAUAUUGCUCCUGCAUUCAUGGACAAGCUUGUUGUUCACAUCACCAAGAACUUCAUGACCUUGCCUAACAUCAAGGUUCCCCUCAUCCUUGGUAUUUGGGGAGGCAAAGGUCAGGGGAAGUCUUUCCAGUGUGAGCUUGUCUUUUCCAAGAUGGGAAUCAACCCCAUCAUGAUGAGCGCUGGAGAAUUGGAGAGUGGGAAUGCAGGCGAGCCUGCCAAGCUGAUCAGGCAAAGGUACCGUGAAGCAGCUGAUAUAAUUAGGAAGGGAAAAAUGUGCUGCCUCUUCAUCAACGAUCUCGAUGCAGGAGCAGGUCGGCUAGGUGGAACUACCCAAUACACUGUCAACAACCAAAUGGUUAAUGCCACCCUCAUGAACAUUGCUGAUAACCCAACAAACGUCCAGCUACCUGGUAUGUACAACAAGGAGGAGAAUCCUCGUGUCCCAGUCAUAGUCACCGGUAACGACUUCUCAACAUUAUAUGCUCCUCUCAUCCGUGAUGGUCGUAUGGAGAAAUUCUACUGGGCACCUACUCGGGAAGAUAGGAUUGGCGUUUGCACAGGAAUUUUCCGGACUGACAACGUCCCUGUAGAGGACAUUGUCAAGCUUGUUGAUACCUUCCCUGGUCAAUCUAUUGAUUUCUUUGGUGCACUAAGGGCAAGAGUUUAUGAUGAUAUGGUGCGGGACUGGAUAGCAGGAAUUGGGGUUGACACAGUGGGGAAGAGGCUUGUGAAUUCAAAGGAAGGACCCCCAAGUUUUGAGCAGCCCAAGAUGACCCUUGAGAAGCUCCUUGAGUAUGGCAGCAUGCUUGUCCAAGAACAGGAGAAUGUGAAGAGAGUCCAAUUGGCAGACAAGUACUUGAAUGAGGCUGCUCUUGGAGAUGCUAAUGAGGAUGCUAUUAAGAGUGGAUCUUUCUUUACUUAGAUCCCUUGAUCCUAGAGGCUUUCAUGGGAGGUUUGCACUUUGCCCGUAUUCCAAAGAACUUGUGACUGAAUUACGAUUAUGCAAAAAUUAUCCUAAGCUUCUCCAGCAUUGAUGGAUGCAGGCCUAGCAGCCCAACAUAUAGAUGUUCCUAGUCUGAAGGUUGACCCGUUUCAUCUGCCAAGAACUUUGAUCUGAUUACUAGAACCGACGACUUGGAGCAGCCUAUAUAUAGUCUAGGUCUCUUCUAGAUAUUGAGUGAAAGGAUGUGAGAAAAUCAGUAACCCUUCCACAUUAACUGUGUUUCCAUGGAUUAGUAUCCUCCUGUAAUUUUGUGUGAUAAUAUAUAUACAGUGAGUUCGAUUCCACAA